CUGUGUCUGUGAAAGGAUUACGAUAUCGAUACUCGAGCCCCACUCUCUCUCCUCUCUCUUUAUUGUUACAGUUCGUUUCCAUCUCCUCAUGAACCCUAACUAAACCAUCGUCAAAAUAUAACAAAUCCUUACAUCCUCGAUACAAGAGAUCCUUGAACCUAGCUAGCUAGCUCUGUUUCGCUCCAAAUCCGGAACGCUUUAGGUAAAGUCAAGGUGUCGACGGUGAGAGAGACCGAUGCUAAAAAUUUGAAUCUCGGGAACAACUUCAGGUCAGAGGGGAGCUGCUAUCUAGCUAGCUUGAAUAGGAAGCAGGGAAAAUUCAGAUCUAUUCAAGAGAGAGACUGAAUCGUGAUUGCGGAUUCAGUGGCUUUGCUUUGCUUUGCUUUUGAGCAGUGCAAAAAAGCUUGGGUCGAAGGAGGAGGAGGUAUUGUUCUGAGUUCUGACAUAUUAACCGGCCUGGGAACGAACGUGAUAUAUCGAAACGUAAAAAAGGGAUCUAUGAUGGUGCAGUAUUACAGAUGUGUAUAUGUAUAUCUCAGUACUAAAAAGCCAAACUACUCUGCAGGAUUGUCAUCAAUGUAAAGGACAUAGCCACAUCUACAACAACUGCAGCAGCAGACCUUCCACUCUUUCUCUUUCUCUCUCUCUCUCACACACACACACCAAACACACACAGAGAAAAGCUCUCUAAAGCAAGCUGGGACAGACAGAAGAAGGAUAAAGAGAGUUUGCUUCCACUCUCCUUUGGGAAAGGUAUGAAACUAGUAGUAAUAUGGAAGUCGACGAUAUUCAAACACAAUCCUUCAAGUUUCCCAGGAUCCGCCGCGGCGGCGAAGAAGAUGAAGAAGAAGUAACAGAUGGUAACACUAAUAAUAACAACAAGAUGCAUCAUCAGGCGGCUAGUCAGUGGCCGUCAUCGAGGAUUGUUAGGGUUUCAAGAACAUCAGGUGGAAAAGAUCGUCACAGUAAGGUUUUAACCUCCAGAGGACCGCGUGACCGGCGUAUUCGUCUCUCCGUAACCACCGCUAUUCAAUUCUACGAUCUACAGGAUCGCCUUGGUUACGAUCAACCUAGCAAGGCAGUUGAGUGGCUACUUCAAGCUGCUUCGACUUCCAUCGAUGAACUUCCUUGUAUCAAUUCGCCGUUUCCUGAAACUCCUAAACAGAUCAGCGAUGGUAAGAGGUCUAGUCCUGAGGAUGUUGAGAGAGACGACGGCGAACCUAUUUUCCAGCAGCUUCAUCAACAGCAGCAGCGUGUUUGUUCAAUCUCUAGGUCUACUUGUAGCAGUAACUCUGAGACGAGUAAGGGAUCUGGUUUAUCGCUAUCUCGAAGUGAAACGCGCGUUAAGGCUCGAGAACGAGCUAGGGAAAGGGCGGCUGAGAAAGAUAAAGAGAAAGAACAACACAAUAGAUCUAUUAUUUCUCAUAAUUCAUUCACUCAACUUCUCGCAUCUGGAAUGAACAACAACAACAACAAUUCCGGCCAAGAUUCGAAUCUAUUAAAGAAAUCAUCAGGACAGUGGUCAAUGGACUGUUUCUCCACCGGAUUUUCAGGAUCUUCUUCUGCUGCUGCUUGUUACAACAACAACAAUAAUAAUAAUAUGAGCGUUUCUCCUUUCAAUGUCGAUCACCACCAACAACAACAACAACAACACCAUUUCUCUCUACUUCCUGAUCACUCCACCUGUGGUGAGUAUGACUUAAACUUCUCGAUCUCUCCGGCCAGUUUUACUGGUUACAGUAGGGGGACCCUUCAGUCCAAUUCCCAAUCUCUGUCAACAUUGCCUCAUCUACAGAGAUUCUCUCAUGACAUAGAGGGAUCAAAUUCAAAUCUACCCUUGUUCACAUCCACUCCUGUUGAAAACAACCACCAGUUCCCGGCUGCACUGGAGGGUCGGCGCCACUUGCAUCUAGGAUAUGGGGGUGACGGAUUCCUUCACUCUGACCUUAAUAAUAAGGGUAAAGGAAAGAACUGAUUCCUCCUUCUUCUUCUCCUUCCAGGUAAAUAUUUCAAUCUUUUUCUCUAUUAUUAUUAUUAUGCAUAUCUUGAUUUAUUUGAAAUGGAUUGUUUAAUUAUUAGAAAAACAAUUUAAGAUUGUGAAUGAAAGAGGGAACCGGGGGGUGUGAUUGUAGCCAUUGUCCCCUGCUUGCUAGCAAGCACGAAUGUGGUCUGGACAGGUGUUAAUGAAUUAAUAAGAAAGAACGCACUUUAAAACACUGGUUAUGCAAGGGUGGAGGUGAUUGGUUGAGAGUUGGUUCAUCAGUGAUUAAAAAGUGUAAGUUUCACCCAAAGCAUGCAUAUGCUUAUUUUGAGUAAUUAAUUAAUUAAAGACACCAAAUGGAAGUAAGUGUUUGUUAAAGAUCCAUGUACUAUGAUGUGAUCUUUUUUUUUUGAGAGUGUGUUUGCUUUUGAUUCUAGUAUUUAAGUUGU